UAUUCUUGGCUCUGCACUCAGGGAUCACUCCUGGUGGUGCUCAGGGGCCGUUGAGGUGCCAGAGAUCAAACUGGGUUUUGCUGCGUGCAAGGGGUUACUCCCGGCUUUGCACUCAGGAAUUCCUCCUGGCGGUGCUCGGGAGACCAUAUGGGAUGCUGGAACUCGAAUCCAGGUCGUCCGCAUGCAAGGCAAAUGCCCUACCCACUGUUCUAUCUAGUUCUAUCUAACCAUUGCAAGACGUUAGUCAUUCCAAGGAAUAGAAACACAUUCAGCCAUGGCCCCAAGGAAGAGAGGUGGACGGGGGAUUUCAUUCAUCUUUUGCUGUUUCCGAAAUAAUGAUCACCCAGAAAUUACUUAUCGGCUACGAAAUGAUAGCAACUUUGCUCUUCAGACCAUGGAGCCAGCGCUGCCCAUGCCCCCUGUGGAGGAGCUGGACGUCAUGUUCAGUGAACUUGUGGAUGAACUUGACCUCACAGACAAACACAGGGAAGCUAUGUUUGCACUUCCAGCUGAGAAAAAAUGGCAAAUAUAUUGUAGCAAGAAAAAGGACCAGGAAGAAAACAAAGGAGCAACUAGUUGGCCUGAAUUCUACAUCGAUCAGCUCAAUUCUAUGGCUGCUAGAAAGUCUCUCCUAGCUUUAGAAAAGGAAGAAGAAGAGGAGAGAAGUAAAACUAUAGAGAGUUUGAAAACAGCACUAAGGACAAAACCAAUGAGAUUUGUGACCAGAUUCAUCGACUUGGAUGGCCUGACUUGUAUUCUCAACUUUCUGAAGACCAUGGACUAUGAGACCUCAGAGUCUCGUAUACAUACCUCGCUCAUUGGCUGUAUAAAGGCGCUAAUGAAUAACUCUCAAGGCCGGGCCCAUGUCCUGGCUCAUUCUGAGAGUAUUAAUGUAAUUGCUCAGAGUCUGAGCACAGAGAACAUUAAAACAAAGGUGGCUGUGCUGGAAAUCUUGGGCGCCGUGUGCCUGGUUCCCGGGGGUCACAAAAAGGUUCUGCAGGCCAUGCUGCAUUACCAGAAGUAUGCCAGCGAAAGAACCCGCUUUCAGACAUUAAUCAAUGACUUAGACAAAAGCACAGGGCGGUACCGAGAUGAAGUGAGUCUCAAGACUGCUAUCAUGUCCUUCAUCAAUGCAGUGCUGAGCCAAGGCGCAGGAGUGGAAAGUUUGGACUUCAGACUUCAUCUUCGCUAUGAAUUUCUGAUGUUAGGAAUUCAACCAGUAAUAGAUAAAUUAAGAGAACAUGAAAAUUCAACAUUAGAUAGGCAUUUAGAUUUUUUUGAAAUGCUCCGCAAUGAAGAUGAACUAGAAUUUGCCAAAAGAUUUGAGCUGGUUCACAUAGACACAAAAAGUGCGACUCAGAUGUUUGAGCUGACCAGGAAGCGGCUGACUCAUAGUGAAGCAUAUCCCCACUUCAUGUCCAUCCUGCACCACUGCCUCCAAAUGCCUUACAAGAGAAGUGGCAACACUGUUCAGUACUGGCUACUACUAGAUAGAAUUAUUCAGCAAAUCGUCAUCCAGAAUGACAAAGGACAGGACCCUGACUCCACACCUUUGGAAAACUUUAAUAUUAAGAAUGUUGUUCGAAUGUUGGUUAAUGAAAAUGAAGUUAAGCAGUGGAAAGAACAAGCAGAAAAAAUGAGGAAAGAGCACAAUGAGCUACAGCAGAAAUUGGAAAAGAAAGAGCGAGAAUGUGAUGCCAAGGCCCAAGAGAAGGAAGAGAUGAUGCAGACCUUAAAUAAAAUGAAGGAGAAGCUCGAAAAGGAGACCACUGAGCAUAAGCAAGUCAAGCAGCAGGUGGCGGACCUCACGGCGCAGCUCCAUGAGCUCAGCCGGAGGGCCGUUGGUGCUUCAGUCCCAGGUGGACCAUCUCCGGGAGCCCCAGGAGGACCCUUUCCUUCCUCUGUGCCAGGGUCUGGCCUUCCUCCUCCACCACCUCCACCUCUUGGAGAUGGAAUGCUCCCUCCUCCACCUCCGCCCCUCCCUCCUGGGGGUCCUCCUCCUCCCCCGGGGCCUCCUCCCUUAGGGGGAAUCAUGCCACCUCCUGGCGCUCCACUGGGCCUGGCCCUCAAGAAGAAGAACAUUCCUCAGCCCACAAAUGCCCUGAAAUCCUUCAACUGGUCUAAGCUGCCGGAGAACAAACUUGAAGGAACAGUAUGGACCGAAAUUGAUGAUACGAAAGUGUUCAAAGUUCUAGAUCUUGAAGACUUGGAAAGAACUUUCUCUGCCUACCAAAGACAGCAGGAUUUCUUUGUGAACAGUAACUCCAAGCAGAAAGAAGCUGAUGCCAUUGAUGACACACUGAGUUCCAAACUUAAAGUCAAAGAGCUUUCUGUGAUUGAUGGUCGGAGAGCCCAGAAUUGCAACAUCCUUCUAUCAAGGUUGAAACUAUCCAAUGAUGAAAUCAAACGAGCGAUUCUGACAAUGGACGAACAGGAAGAUCUGCCCAAAGACAUGCUGGAACAGCUCCUAAAAUUUGUUCCUGAAAAAAGUGAUAUUGACCUAUUGGAGGAACAUAAACAUGAACUGGAUCGGAUGGCGAAGGCUGAUAGGUUCCUUUUUGAGAUGAGCCGGAUUAAUCAUUAUCAGCAAAGACUGCAAUCAUUGUACUUCAAAAAGAAGUUUGCAGAGCGUGUGGCAGAAGUGAAACCUAAAGUAGAAGCAAUUCGUUCUGGCUCUGAAGAAGUGUUUAGGAGCAGUGCCCUGAAGCAGUUGCUAGAAGUGGUUUUGGCUUUUGGAAAUUAUAUGAAUAAAGGCCAGAGAGGCAAUGCAUAUGGAUUCAAGAUAGCCAGCCUAAACAAGAUUGCUGACACAAAGUCUAGUAUUGACAAGAACAUCACACUUUUGCACUAUCUCAUAACUAUUGUGGAAAAUAAGUACCCCAAGGUUCUCAACCUAAAUGAAGAAUUACGGGACAUUCCUCAAGCAGCAAAAGUAAACAUGACUGAGCUGGACAAAGAAAUAGGCACCCUGAGAAGCGGCCUGAAAGCAGUUGAAACGGAGCUGGAAUAUCAGAAGUCUCAGAAUCCACAACCUGGAGACAAGUUUGUAUCUGUUGUCAGCCAGUUCAUCACGGUGGCCAGCUUCAGCUUCUCUGAGGUUGAAGAUCUUCUAGCAGAAGCUAAAGACCUGUUUACUAAAGCUGUAAAACACUUUGGGGAAGAGGCUAACAAAAUACAGCCCGAUGAGUUCUUUGGCAUUUUUGAUCAGUUUCUUCAAGCUGUGUCAGAAGCAAAACAAGAGAAUGAAAACAUGAGAAAGAAGAAAGAGGAAGAAGAGCGCCGAGCCCGCAUGGAAGCUCAGCUCAAAGAGCAACGUGAAAGGGAGCGUAAAAUGAGGAAAGCAAAAGAGAACAGUGAAGAAGGUGGAGAGUUUGACGAUCUAGUUUCAGCUUUACGCUCAGGAGAAGUAUUUGACAAAGACCUCUCUAAACUGAAACGGAACCGCAAGCGUAUCACCAACCAGAUGACAGACAGCAGUCGGGAGAGACCAGUCACCAAACUGAAUUUCUAAUUUUCCCUGAAUACUUUUUUAGAAAACUCAUUAGCAGCCCCUUUGAAGUGAAUAGAACUUUUCAUUACACUGCCUUGUAAUUUCGCACAGUGGCAAUUUUUUCUUUUUUUUCUGUGAGUGAAUGUGUGAAUGUAUGUAUAUGUAAAUGUAUGUGUAUAUGUAUAUAUAUUAAAAAGUGUAUAUAGAAGUCUGGAUUUUGUCUGGAGACCUAUAUGUAAGGUUAAAAAAAAGUCUAUGUUAAUGUAUGUGCUCAGAAGCCUUUCAUGUAUGCAUUCAUAUUGAGUGUGGUUCAUUUUCUGUCCCUGAACACCAUGUCUGUUCAGAAGCACAAUACUAUCUCCUGAAAGAGAUGGCAGAGACAUUCCCUAGAGUAAAAGAAAAAGAAAAAAAAUUUUCUAAGAAAUAUUAUAUGGUUUCCAAGCUUGGUAUGCUUUUAAAUUCUUUUCAUUGGUAGAGCUGGUAUUGGAAACGUACAGAAGAUAAAUGGGUUUUGAUAGCUGAGUGUGGUGCUGGAGGCAUCACAUCGGUAGUUGGCAGAAUCAGCUAAGAAGUUCUGACAUUGGUGUGGGGAUGCAGUGUGUAAAUGUGUAUUGAGAACUCUGCACACAAUCUGAAUUACAUAGAAUGUCAACCAGAAUUCUUUUAUGUAUUUAAAACUUGGACAUAAACUUUUUUCCUAUUGCUUUGAGUUUUCCGCUGAGCGCUCUUGAUGAUUUCUUUACAUUACUUUUGGAAAGAACACUAUUUAUCUAAAUGCAGUCUCUGUUCUUGUCAAAGAACAGAGUUUGCCAGAAUAUGUUUGUUAUUCUAACAAAAUAGCUGUAGAAGCAUGGAAAAAUUAAAAUUUCCACCCAAGACCUAAAAAGAGGAAUUCUCUGAUGGGAUAAACAUUUAAAACAUUUUUUUAAUGGGGUGCCUUUUUUGUAUUUUGUUUUAUAGGACAAGCUGCAUCUUCUGUAAAUAUAGGUUUGAACUAAAGGACAUUUAGUGAAUGCACAAAAUGUUGACAACACCACAGAGAUGCCAAGAUCUAUUUAUCUCUUAAGCCUGUUUGAAGCAGUUUGCUGUUUAUAUGUUGUCAUUUAAAAUUGUGUGUCAGUAAAGCUACCUGUAAAAUUUCAGUCCAAAAGAUAAAGCUCUCAGGGAGAAAUGAAUAAAAACAAUGAACAUUAGAAAAGAAAAUAUAGAUGCUUACCAUUAACCUACCAACUCUUAAUAUCCUUAAAUUAUAUGAUAUAUAAAAAGGACUGUUAACUGUUACUUUUCUUUGUCUUUUUUUUUUUUUUUGCUUUAUUUAUUUGUAGUUGGGGAGGACGAAGGUUCUCUCUUUUCUUUCCAUCAAUCAUAUUGUGGUUUGGUUUCCUGUGGAGAGAGUAGUUUAUCCUGUUGCACUAGACCAUUAUUAACUCACUAAAUUAAGUUUUUCAGUCAAUUAAGAAAUAUUUAUUAAACACCUACUGUGUCCCAGGCAUAGUAGGGUUACAAUGGUAAGUAAGCAAGACAGUCCCUGCCCCCAAGGAGCUUGAGUUCUAAUGGGGAUCAUACGGGGAAUAGAAUACCAAUGUGUGCGCUUCAUAGGAAUUGUGCUAUUUAAAACUCAUUUGUAUAGACUCUAAUGCUUAGUACAGAUGGCAUGGUCUCUGUGCUAUGUGAAAGCUGUGAAAUAGUGCUCGAAGAGUUGUCAAGAGCUGUGGUUUUACUUUUUCCCCCCUCAUUGCAAACUUAGUGACUGUCUGCACAAUGUUCGGAAGAAAAUGAUUCAAGCCAAGAACAGUCACUAACACCCAGCAGAGACUGUGCUCCCCCUACCCCUAGUUACCAAGGUCUACAAAUCUCCAUGGGCAACAUGCAGCCAGAGACAGCUUGAAAAGAUGUGGAGAUGAGGAGUGGGAUAUGCCAAUGGUUGGUCUAGUCCUUACUUAACUAAAGUGCCUCUAUGUAUAUUCUUUUCUAUUUAUAGCAGGAGAAAUUUUGGUCUGGCUCAAUUUUGAAACUAUUUAGAAUGUGGCUCUGUUUUACAGUUUAAGGAAUAGACAAACGGAGUCCCCACAAAGGAGCAGGCAGGUAGCAUGUCCCUGUGCCCUUGGCAAGCUUCCUCAUUUUGAUUUGAUCAUCCUGGUGGGCCUCCCUUACCAUUUCCAUUUUUGGUUUCUUUCUCCAAAAGCUGUGUGCAGGUAAUUCUAUGUGCCAUUGUUGAAGAAAAAUCUACUUUUUUAGAUUGGUGCUGGUGUAAGUAGCCACUUUUCUCUCUUGGGUGUGUAUUUUCAAGGUUUUUUGGUUUUGUUUUUAAAUUAAUGCCAAAAAAGAAAAAGCAUUAUAAUUUGUAAACUUAAUUUUAUGUCUUGUAUCUUAUUAGCUUAGUAGUUGGAACCACUUAGUCUUUAGGUGCAAGACUGUUGUUAGAAUACAAAGAAAAAAAUGUUGUAUGUGUUAUAAGACUGUACAUUUUUAAUAGCAAUAUGCAAUAAAGAGAUGAAUUCAUUGGUUGUA